AUGGCCGCGCCGAAUCGCUAUCGGCCGCUGGCCACCAACGGUCUGGGCAGCGGCGCCACCAGCAGGGGCACAAACUCGCCCGCACCCUACUCGUACGUCGAGGACGCGGGGCCUUCGUCCGUCGGCCUGGCAGACGCCGGCCCUUCGUCGUCGCUGCCCGCCCAGGACCAGUUCGCCUUCAGCACUACCCUCCGCAAAGGCCCCAUCUCGGACGACCCGUACGCACCUUCGCCCUCGCCCUCGUACCCGCCGACGCGGGGCACGCACAAGCAGCGCGCCUCCGACGGGCCCUUUGCCGCCGCACCCUCGCCUUCCAGCACGUCGUCCGAAUCGCCAUCGGCCCACUAUACUCACGUCUCGGUCAAGGACACGCUCUCCUCGCUGGGCUGCCGCGCCCUCGAUGCCGGCCUCGAGCCCCACCAGGUGGCCGAGUCGCGCCGGCGCGCCGGCGGCUACAACGAGUUUGCCGUGCGGCCGGGCGAGCAGCCGUGGAAAAAGUUCCUCGGCCAGUUCCAGGAGCCCCUCAUCAUGCUGCUGCUGGGCAGCGCCGGCGUCAGCCUCCUCACCGGCCAGAUUGACGACGCCGUCAGCAUCACGGUCGCCAUCGUCAUUGUCAUCAGCGUCGGCUUCUACCAGGAGCAGAAGUCGGAAAAGAGUCUCGAGGCGCUCAACAAGCUCGUCCCGCACUACUGCCACCUCGUCCGCGACGGCGUCACCUCGACCGUGCUGGCAAACGAGCUGGUGCCCGGCGACGUCGUCACCUUUUCGACGGGCGACCGCGUCCCCGCCGACCUGCGCAUCUGCCAGUCGGUCUCGCUCGAGAUCGACGAGAGCACCCUGACCGGCGAGAUCAAGCCCCGCAAAAAGCACUCGGACACGAUCCCCAACGACGCCCACCCGCACCCGCACCACGCCAUGGCCGACGCCGACGCCGGCUCGUCGUCGACGUCGAUCAACGAGCGCGAAAACAUCGCCUUCAUGGGCACCCUGGUCAAGUCGGGCCACGGCCGCGGCGUCGUCAUCGGCACGGGCGUCCGCACCGAGUUUGGCAUGAUCUUUAGCAUGGUCGACGAGGUGGCCGAGAAGCGCACCCCGCUGCAGCUCAACAUGGACGAGCUCGCCAAGAAGCUCAGCAUGGUCAGCUUCGCCGUCAUCGCCGUCAUCUGCCUCAUUGGCAUCUGGCAGCAGAGGCCGUGGCUCGAGAUGUUUACCAUCGGAGUCUCGCUCGCCGUGGCUGCGAUCCCCGAGGGCCUGCCAAUCGUGGUGACCGUGACGCUGGCGCUGGGCGUGCUGCGCAUGUCGCACCGCAAGGCCAUUGUCAAGAAGCUGCCUUCGGUCGAGACGCUGGGCUCGGUCUCGGUCGUGUGCUCGGACAAGACGGGCACGCUGACGUCCAACGAAAUGACGGUGGUGCGGUGCUACACGGCCGAGGACAGCACCGUCGACCUGUCCAGGUCGGUCCCGCACCAGCAGAGCCGGGCACUGGCCAAGUGCCUGCUUGCCGGCAACCUCUGCAACAAUUCGCAUCGCAACGAGCACGGAACCAACGUGGGCCAGGCGACCGACGUGGCCAUGGUCAACGUGCUGCGCCUGUUUGGCAUCGAGGACCGGCGGCCCUACUUCAAGCGCAGCGCCGAGACGGCCUUCAACUCCGAGACAAAGUACAUGGCCGUUACGGGCGUGCUGUCGACGGCCGUGCCGGCGCACGAGACGACCUACCUCAAGGGCGCGUUCGAGGUGGUGCUGGACAAGAGCAGCACCAUCUUUGGGCCGGACGGGCAGACGGUGCGGCUCGACGAGUCGUGGAAGCGCAAGGUGGCCGAGGCCGCCCACGCCAUGUCCAAGCAGGGGCUGCGCGUGCUCGGCACGAGCACGGGCCCCUCUGGCAGCGCCGAGGCGGGCACCAUGACGUUCUGCGGCCUGCAGGCCAUGCAGGACCCGCCGCGUCCGGGCGUUAAGGAGGCCAUCUCUGCGCUGGCGAGGGGUAGCGUGCAGGUCGUCAUGAUCACCGGCGACUCGGAGAGCACGGCGACGGCCAUGGCGACGCAGCUGGGCAUCCUGUCGUCGUCGGCGAGCAGCGCGGUGCUGACGGGCCGGCAGAUUGACACCAUGUCGGAGCGCCAGCUGCGCGAGCGCAUCGGCAGCGUCUCGGUGUUUGCCCGCACGACGCCGCGGCACAAGAUGUCGAUCGUGUCGGCGUUCCAGGCCAACGGCGCCGUCGUCGCCAUGACGGGAGACGGCGUCAACGACGCGCCGGCGCUCAAGAUGGCCGACAUUGGCGUCUCGAUGGGCAAGGGCGGCACCGACGUGGCCAAAGAGGCCGCCGACGUCAUCCUCGUCGACGACAACUUUGCGACGAUCCUCUCGGCCGUCGAAGAAGGCAAGGGCAUCUUCUACAACAUCCAGAACUUCCUGUCGUUCCAGCUGAGCACGGCCGUGGCUGCGCUGACGCUCAUCACGCUGAGCACGGCGUUCCGGCUGAAGCUGCCGCUCAAUGCGAUGCAGAUCCUGUUUAUCAAUAUCCUCAUGGACGGCCCGCCGAGCCAGUCGCUCGGCGUGGACCCGGUGGACCGGGAGAGCGUGAUGCGCAAGCCGCCGCGGUCCAAGUGCGCGCCGGUGCUCAACACGCGCCUCCUCUACCGGAUUGCGUUUUCGGCGACCAUGAUCGUGGUGGGCACGCUGUACAUCUACGUGCACGAGCUCAACCAGGGAGUGGCCGACCAGCGCGACUCGACCAUGACGUUUACGUGCUUUGUGCUGCUGGACCUGACGUCGGCGGUGCAGAACCGCGGUCUGCAUACGCCGCUGACGGCCAACCGGAUGCUGGGGCUGACGGUGUCGGUGUCGCUCUUUGCGCAGCUGUGCAUGGUGUACCUGCCGCUGCUGCAGGGCGUGUUCCAGACGACGGCGCUGUCGGUCAACGACCUGGCGCUGCUGUCGACGCUUGCGGGCGUGUCGUUUGCGCUGCACGAGGCGCGGCGGGCGUACGAGCGGAAGCUGGCCGACGAGGACGCGGCCAACGAGGCCAUGCGCGGCGAGUGGGCCGUCUAG